GGCAUCCUUCCUAGCUGCAGCCGACCCCUGCUUUUCCCAGGAUUGAGGUUGACCGGGAAUACAAGUGUUUGCAACCACCGGCCACGAAAUGUGUCACCCGAGCACCUGUUGAAAGCACAGACUCCAGAAUGGCCGGGUGGUGGGGAGGAGAGACUAGGAAUCUGGGUUUUGACAGUCAUUUUAAAGAAUGGUGUGCAUACUAGAUUUGGGGGCUGAGAAUAGAAACCUAAACAGUUUAAAUGUCUGGAGGUGUGCCCCUAGCUCUCUACAAACAACGGGAGUGCCUCCUAGAAAAGGAACCUUGGGAAAAUUUCCUGGACACCAGCCAUCAUUUACAACUCCACGGUUUCUGGGCCUUUCCCAGGUUUCCAAGCCGGUUAAUUUGGAGACAUGACAGCAUCGAUAAAAGAAAGCCUUCAGCUUCAGCUGCUGGAGAUGGAAAUGCUGUUUUCAAUGUUUCCUAACCAAGGAGAAGUAAAACUCGAAGAUGUAAACGCCCUAACAAACAUAAAGAGGUACCUGGACGGCACUAGGGAGGCGCUCCCACCCAACAUCGAAUUUGUGAUUACGCUCCAAAUUGAGGAGCCCAAGGUGACAAUUGAUUUGCAAGUAACCAUGCCGCACAGCUAUCCAUACGUGGCUUUGCAGCUGUUUGGACGGUCACCUGAGCUUGACAGACAACAGCAGCUUCUUCUCAAUCAAGGUCUCAGUGCCUAUCUUGGGACUUUCGAUCCGGGUGAGCUGUGCGUGUGUGCAGCAAUCCAGUGGCUGCAGGACAACAGUGCAUCGUACUUCCUCAACCGGAAGCUGUCGGAUGAGCCGUCCGUACAGCCCAAGCCGGUCAAGAACACAUUCCUCCGAAUGUGGAUCUACAGCCACCACAUAUAUCAGCAGGACCUACGGAAAAAGAUUCUGGAAGUGGGGAAAAGGUUAGAUGUGACCGGAUUCUGCAUGACAGGAAAGCCUGGUAUAAUCUGUGUGGAGGGCUUCAAGGAUCACUGUGAAGAAUUCUGGCACACAAUCAGAUACCCCAAUUGGAAACACAUUUCCUGCAAGCACGCAGAAACUGUGGAGACAGAGGGGGACGGUGAGGACCUGCGUCUCUUCCAUUCGUUUGAAGAAUUACUCCUUGAGGCCCAUGGUGACUACGGGUUGCGGAAUGAUUAUCAUAUGAACCUGGGCCAAUUCCUAGAGUUUCUCAGAAAACACAAAAGCGAGCAUGUUUUUCAGAUAUUAUUUGGAAUUGAAAGCAAAAGUUCAGAGUCGUAGAGCUCUAUUAAGAUGUCUACGCUUGUAACCGCUUUAAGUAUUUACGUUCCUGAGACCAAAAUGAAAAGGCUAGUGACUCUAUAGAAUUCUGGGUGGAAAUCCUAGCUCUAGAAUUUUCUGACUGCUAAUGCUAAUAGGCCUUUUAACUUUCUACCAGUGUAACUGUGAUGUUGUUUCCAGGUUGCUGUGUAAAGUCACACUUGAAUACCAUUUCAUUGUAAAUUAAUAAAAUGAUAUAUUUAACCAGA